CCCAGCACUUCAUCGCAGCCACGGCGUGCCAGGAGGCUGACUACGGCGCCAUGAUCCGCCACUACUGCCUCAAGGAGUUCCAGCACAGCAUGGAGGGCAUCGGCCAGCGCCUCUGGUGUGACUGGGACGAGACCGUGGGCACCUACGGGGAGCUCACCAACUGCACGGCGCUGAUCGCCGAGAAGCUCGACUGCUACUGGCCCAACCGGCUGGUGGACGAGUUCUUCGUGGCCGUGCACAGGCAAUACUUCAGGAACUGCUCGCCGUCGGGCCGGGCGCUGCACGACCCCCCGAACGGCGUGCUGUGUCCCUUCAUCGUGCUGCCCGUGCUCGUCACCCUGCUCAUGACAGCGCUCGUCGUGUGGCGGAGCAAACGCAGCGAGGGCAUCGUCUAGGGGCGGGGAGGGACGGGCGGGUGUUCCCUGGAUUUGGGAAGCGCUGCCGGAGGGUACCGAGCCCCGGCGGCAGGGACAGCAUCGGCACCGCUGCUCCUCCGCCCGUGGGCCCGCUGUUUCCCAAUAAAUGGCAUUUCAGCGGUGGGUGCUGGGCGGAGCGGGGACUCCGCGGGGCUCCCCCCGCACCGGCUCCGCUCCGCCUCUUCCAGCGUGUGCGAGCAGGGGAAUUGUAAAGGGAAAAACCCCAGGGGGGUGUGGGGAGUUUGAAAUCCUGCCAGCGGGUCUGGGGGCGCCUGAACAUCCUCGGCUUCCUCUCUGUCCUAUUCUGGGCUCCCCCCAGACGUGGAAAGGCAUCUUCUCCCCCAGCCCCCUGCACAAGGGCUGGGUUUGCCUGGGAGCUGGGGAGCAACGCGGGGAGGCCGGUGGUGGGAGCGGGUGGUGCCCUGGGGCUACUAACAAGGAACGGGAAUAAGGUGCUUUUCCUAAAUAAAUAAAGAAAUACCUGAAUUAAC